AUGGCCUCCAAACUCAGUUUCCUAACUCUUUCAAUUGCUCCUGACAAGCCACACCACCAUUCAACCCCAACAAAACUUUAUCCACUUCCCCACAUCUCUUCGAGAUUCAAUGUUUCAAAAGAUCCUCCCAUACUCAACACACACAAAAUAUUGGAUCAAUCCAGCAAUGUUCUCAAAACUGCCUCUCUUUCCCUCGCAGCAGUCACACUCCCCUUCUUGUUAGACCAAAAGGAUGUGGCACUUGCUGUUGACGGGGAGUUUGGGGUUUUUGAGGGCAGAACAUUUGCUCUCAUACACCCCAUUGUCAUGGCUUCUUUGUUCUUGUAUACCUUGUGGGUAGGAUAUUUGGGGUGGCAGUGGAGGAGGGCGAGGACUAUUCAGAAUGAGAUUAAUGAGCUGAAGAAACAAGUGAAACCUACCCCAGUCACUCCAGAAGGUGCACCACAAGAAGUGCUACCAUCACAAAUUGAACUCAAAAUUCAGCAACUUACUGAUGAGAGGAAAGAGCUAAUCAAAGGAUCUUACAGGGAUAGGCACUAUAAUGCAGGAUCCAUACUGCUAGGACUUGGAGUGCUUGACGCUGUUGGUGGAGGGUUGAACACGUGGGUUAGGACAGGAAAGUUAUUCCCAGGUCCACAUCUGUUUGCAGGAGCAGGUAUUACAGUUUUAUGGGCACUUUCAGCAGCUUUGGUACCAUCAAUGCAGAGAGGGAGUGAAACAACUAGAAGUCUUCACAUUGCGUUGAACACCUUAAACGUGUUGCUAUUUGUGUCACAACUCCCCACUGGAUUCAACAUUUUAUUGAAAGUGUUUGAGUUCACAGAAUGGCCUUGA